GAAACACGAAAAAUGUCAGGAAGAGGGAAAACCGGAGGAAAAGCCAGAGCGAAGGCUAAGACUCGCUCCUCCCGUGCAGGGCUCCAGUUCCCAGUCGGACGUGUCCACAGGCUGCUCCGUAAAGGAAACUACGCUCAGCGUGUAGGAGCCGGCGCCCCCGUCUACCUGGCGGCUGUGCUGGAGUACCUGACCGCUGAGAUCCUGGAGCUGGCUGGAAACGCUGCCCGCGACAACAAGAAGACCCGUAUCAUCCCCCGUCACUUGCAGCUGGCUGUCCGCAACGACGAGGAGCUCAACAAGCUGCUGGGGGGAGUGACCAUCGCUCAGGGAGGCGUGCUGCCCAACAUCCAGGCCGUCCUGCUGCCCAAGAAGACUGAGAAGCCCGCCAAGAAGUAAACACCCGGAACCGGCUUCAACCAAACCAACAACGGCUCUUUUAAGAGCCAGA